AGGGACUUGGAGUCACAUGAUCUGGACAAAAAAUGGCGGCGCCCAGGCUGAGGCAUGUUUAGCUGGAUCGGCUUUUCCCUCAAGUGGCCACCUCGGAUGCCGGCAUGUCGCGGCUGAUUGUGAAGAAUCUGCCCAACGGGAUCAAGGAAGAACGCUUUCGCCACCUCUUCGCCGCCUUUGGCACGCUGACCGAUUGCUGCUUGAAAUUCACCAAGGAUGGCAAAUUCCGCAAAUUUGGGUUUAUUGGCUUUCAGUCGGAAGAAGACGCCAAAACCGCCCAGUCUCAUUUCAACAAAAGCUUCAUAGACACAUCCAGAGUCACGGUUGAAGUAUGUAAGUCUUUUGGGGAUCCAUCAAAGUCUAAAGCUUGGAGUAAACAUUCGAGUAAACCUCAACUGUUAAAGGAAACCUCUAAAAAAUCCACAAAGAAUUCAGACCAUGCAGAAAUAAAACAAGAUGGAACAAAGAAGAAAAACAAAACGGGACAAUUGAAAGAGUUGGAAGGAGAAGCAGCAUUUCAAGACUUCUUGACAGUACAUCAGAAAAGGUCCCAGGUUGCAACUUGGUCCAAUGACACAAAAAUCCAAGACCCCCACCAGGCUGAGGUGGUUGAAGAUUAUCUGAACUUUGAUUCCGAUGAGGACUCGAGCGAAGAGAUGGAUGCGGAGGUUGCUCAAAAGAAGGGAGAAAGCUCUCCGGGCAAAGCAGCAGUCCAGCAAGAACUCUCCGAUAUGGAUUAUCUGCGAUCCAAAGUGGUGAAGGGGCACGAAUCCUCGUCUUCGUCGGCAGAGGAGAGCGAGGCCGAGGAGACGGACAGCGAGGCAUCUGAUGGAGGAGAGGAAGGAGAGGCGGAAGGGAAGAUCAGCCGCAAGCCAGCCACUGCUUCUAACAUGAAGACCAAGCAAACUGGGAAGGAGAGUGUCCGGGAUCUCUCUGCAGACACCAAGACUACAAAAAUGACAUCGCAGGGAGACAGAACAGUUCCAGCCAAGGAGCCCACCACAGCAUUCACGGUGAAGAUGCGAGGUGCCCCAUUCAAUGUCACGGAGCAAAAUGUGAAAGAGUUUUUUGUGCCCCUUCGGCCCCUGGCGAUUCGGAUUGUGAGGAACGCGCAUGGGAACAAGACAGGGUAUGUAUUUGUUGAUUUUAACACUGAAGAAGAACUACAGAAAGCCCUAAAGAGGAAUCGGGAAUACAUGGGCGGUCGGUAUAUUGAGCUGUUUCCAGAAGAGCGGGGCGCUCAGGCGAAGCCCCCUGAGAAGGGGUCAAGCCAGGCCUGGCAGAGGGCCAAAAAGGAUGAUGAGGAAGAAGAGGAUCUUUCAGAAUCAGGAAGGCUUUUUGUGAGGAACCUGCCUUACACCUGCACCGAAGAAGAACUGGAGGCCACCUUUUCCAAAUACAGCCCUGUCUCCGAGAUCCACUUCCCUAUUGACGGUCUCACCAAGAGGCCCAAAGGCUUUGCGUUUGUCACCUACAUGUUUCCUGAGCAUGCCGUGAAGGCCUUUGCAGAAGUGGACGGACAGGUUUUCCAGGGCCGAAUGCUGCAUGUCUUGCCUUCCACCAUCAAGAAGGAAGAAGUGGAGAGUUCAGAUCCUGCCAGAUCGUCUUCGUACAAGAAGCAGAAAGCUUCAAAAGAUAAAGCAAACAGCUUGAGCUCUCACAACUGGAACACCCUGUUCAUGGGGACAAAUGCCGUGGCAGACGCGGUGGCACAGAAAUACAACGCCACUAAAAGUCAAGUGCUGGAUCACGAAGGCAAGGGAAGCGUGGCCGUGAGGGUGGCACUUGGGGAAACUGAGCUUGUUCAAAAUGUGCGCCGGUUCCUGCUCGAAAACGGAGUCAGUCUGGAUUCCUUCAGCCAGGCUGCCGGAGAACGGAGCAAGACGGUGAUUUUGGUGAAGAACUUGCCUGCUGCCACAAAGGCAGAGCAGCUGGAGGAGGUGUUCCAGCCUUUUGGUAGCCUCGGGCGGGUCCUGCUCCCGGAAGGAGGCGUGACGGCCAUUGUGGAGUUCCUGGAGCCCACAGAAGCCAAAAAGGCCUUUACCAAGUUAGCUUACUCCAAGUUCCAGCAUAUCCCUCUCUACCUCGAAUGGGCACCCACGGGGAUCUUUUCUGGUCCUGGGAAGAAAACACCAGAGGUGGAAGAACAAAAGGAAGGAGUUUCUGAAAAAAGUGAUGCUCAGAAGGAAAUGGGGGAGGAAGAGGAGGAGGAGGAGGAGGAAGAAGAAGAAGAAGGAAGUCUUCCAGGCUGUACCAUUUUCAUAAAAAACCUCAACUUCAGCACGACAGAGGAUACGCUGAAAGAGGUUUUUUCCAAAGCUGGCGUUGUGCGGAGUUGCACGGUCUCGAAGAAGAAAGAUAAAGCCGGCAACCUUCUCUCCAUGGGGUUCGGAUUUGUGGAGUACAAGAAGCCGGAAUAUGCCCAGAAAGCUAUCAAGCAAUUACAGGCUUGUUCCGUGGACGGCCAUCAGCUGGAGGUGAAAAUCUCCGAAAGAGCCACCAAGUCCACAGUGGGAACCGCACGUAAGAAGCAAGUCAGCAAGAAGCAAGUGAAUUCCAAGAUUUUGGUGCGGAAUAUCCCCUUCCAGGCCACGGUAAAAGAGAUCCGAGAACUUUUCAGCACCUUUGGAGAGCUGAAGACGGUCCGCAUGCCGAAGAAAAUGUUCGGAACGGGGAAGCAUCGCGGCUUUGGGUUUGUGGAUUUCCUGACGAAGCAGGAUGCCAAGAGAGCCUUCGGUGCCCUGUGCCACAGUACCCAUCUGUAUGGCAGGAGACUGGUGCUGGAGUGGGCGGACUCGGAGGAAACGGUGGAGACCCUGAGAAGGAAGACGGCGGCGCAUUUUCACGAUCCCCCUGUCAAGAAACGGCGGACAGCCAUUUUGGAAGAGAUGUUGGAGAAGCUAGCAGAUGAUGAAGAAGACCAUGAGGAGAAUAACUAGAAUCCUCACUUCAAAACUGAAAGAACCAAACGACAGUCAACAGGAAGACAACAAAUAUUUUAAAUUCCGAGUAGAUCUCUUAACUCAGAACCCACAAAAAAGAUGCUUCAGGACAAAUAGCCAGAAAGAAACCACCAUCGUGCUUUGAAUUUCUCCUUGUCGCCUGCCAACCUAGGAAGCCAGCAUUGGAUACCACCCCGUAAAGCAAAAACCUCGUAACCAUCUAGCAGAAAACAGUUUGAGUAUUCCUCCUCUUCCACUCCUUUUUUAAUAAUGCAUCUGGUUUUUUUGGGAGAGAGAAAAAAAUGUACAUAAUUGCUCUUUAAAAAUGUUGUGAAUAGGCCCAUCCUGAAAAAUAAUAAUUCCUUUCCUUUGGA